AUGCAGAAAACGUCCACACAAAGCUCUAAAUCCUCACCACCAAAACACCAAAACAAAGCCAUAACUGAAGAUAAUACAAAUUAUAAACAAACAUCACCUACAACAAGCGAAGAUGAUGAUGACGACAUCAAUUCCACGCACUCUACAUCGUCGCAGCCACAUAAAAUCAAUCCUAAAAACACACUGCAAACUAUAGGAAAAAUUAAUUUAAAAUUUUGGAAAAAACCAAGAAUUUAUAAUUUCUUUAUAAGAGGCUUUUAA